AUGUCGAAAGGGUUAUGGAUCUCUGUGUGUUUUUUGUUCCAUAUCAUUCUCCAUUUCCACAUUGCUACUUGUUUUUACCUUCCUGGUGUUGCACCCGAGGAUUUCCACAAGGGAGAUCCAUUGAGGGUGAAAGUGAACAAGCUAUCUUCGACAAAAACGCAACUUCCUUACUCGUAUUAUUCUCUUCCUUACUGUCGUCCAGAUCACAUUGUCGACAGUGCUGAGAAUCUCGGGGAAGUUCUUCGCGGUGACCGUAUCGAGAACUCCCCUUACAUGUUUAAAAUGAGAGAACCGCAGAUGUGCAGCGCCGUUUGUCGACUAAUUCUUAAUGGAAAAACAGCUAAAGAGUUCAAAGAAAAGAUAGAUGACGAAUAUCGGGUGAAUAUGAUUUUAGACAAUCUUCCUUUGGUUGUUCCUCUUCGACGACCCGAUCAGGAAUCUUCUUUAGUGUUUCUGCAUGGCUUCCUAGUUGGUCUUAAAGGACAAUAUGCUGGAAACAAGGAUGAAAAGUACUUUAUCCAUAAUCACUUAACAUUUGUGGUUAAGUAUCAUAGAGAUAGUGUGACAGAGUUUUCAAGAAUUGUAGGCUUUGAGGUUAAACCCUUCAGUGUUAAGCAUGAAUAUGAAGGUGAAUGGGAUGAAAAAACUCGGUUAACUACUUGUGAUCCGCAUGCGAAAAAGAUAAUCUCAGGCUCCGAAUCUCCUCAAGAGGUUGAAGACAAUAAAGAAAUUAUAUUCACCUAUGAUGUUGAGUUCCAGGAAAGUGAUGUAAAGUGGGCAUCGCGCUGGGAUUCGUAUCUUCUAAUGACAGAUGAUCAAAUUCACUGGUUUUCGAUUGUUAAUUCUCUAAUGAUUGUACUUUUUCUUUCUGGUAUGGUGGCUGUGAUAAUGUUAAGGACGCUUUAUCGCGAUAUCUCAAAGUAUAAUCAAUUAGAGACCCAAGAGGAAGUUCAGGAAGAGACAGGGUGGAAACUUGUACAUGGAGAUGUUUUCAGAACUCCUUCAAACUCAGAAUUACUUUGUGUGUAUGUUGGAACAGGUGUUCAGUUUUUCGGAAUGGUUCUCGUUACUAUGAUGUUUGCUGCACUUGGAUUUUUGUCUCCCGCGAAUAGAGGAGGGUUGAUGACAGCCAUGCUUCUUCUCUGGGCUCUAAUGGGACUAAUAGGUGGUUAUUCUUCGGCGCGUCUUUACAAGCUGUUCCAUGGAACAGAAUGGAAGAAAAUCACACUCAAGACAGCUUUUAUGUUUCCUUCUAUUGUCUUUGCAAUAUUCUUUGUGCUAAAUGCUCUUAUUUGGGGCCAAAGGUCUUCUGGGGCAGUGCCAUUUGGUACAAUGUUUGCUCUUGUUUUCCUAUGGUUUGGUAUCUCAGUUCCACUUGUGUUUCUUGGUGGGCACAUAGGUUUUAAGAAACCUGAGAUUGAGGAACCUGUAAAGACAAGUAAGAUACCAAGGCAGAUUCCAGAGCAAGCUUGGUACUUGGACUCAGUCUUCUGUAUUCUAAUUGGAGGCAUACUCCCUUUUGGUGCUGUCUUCAUUGAGCUUUUCUUUAUUCUCACAUCUAUUUGGUUGCAUCAAUUUUAUUAUAUAUUUGGUUUUCUGUUCAUUGUGUUCCUCAUCCUUGUUGUUACUUGCGCCGAGAUCACAAUUGUUCUUUGCUACUUCCAGCUCUGUAGCGAAGACUACACGUGGUGGUGGAGAUCAUACCUCACUUCAGGUUCCUCUGCACUCUACCUUUUUCUAUAUGCCACAUUUUACUUCUUCACAAAGCUUGAGAUCACAAAACCGGUAUCUGGAGUAUUGUACUUCGGCUACAUGCUGCUUCUUUCAUACGGUUUCUUCGUCGUGACUGGUACAAUUGGUUUCUAUGCGUGUUUCUGGUUCACGAGGCUAAUCUACUCUUCGGUGAAAAUUGAUUGA